GGCGAUAUCCACUUUGUUAUCUGCUUGCUUACAAGAACGGCACGAAGAAGAAGGAGGAAACUACGAGUAUUUCACAGAGGGACCAGCUGUUCUGCGUAAUGGCGAUGAUCCGUGUGAUUUCUCAAACGUUUAGCAUCUGUGCUGAAAUGGGAAUCUCCCAGAUCCUGUGAGUCUUCAAUCCCAAAGUGGCUGUUUGAGACGAUUAGCAAAGGAGCUUCGUUUGUUAGGUCUGAGUGUUCCAGCUUUCGACACUUCCCCUUGUUGAUCUCUGAAUAUAUCUGCACUAUGAGUGGCCGAAAGAGCAGAGAUGACACCCCCAACAGUCUGUCCAAUCGUGACGCCAUUGACCUACCUGAUGAUGCCUCUUUGAGUGACUCGGAUCCUGACGAGUCUCUACAGCCCCUCAGCAGGAAGGUUGAGGAAGUGUCUUCUUCCUCUGAUGAGGAUAAUGUUCAGCAUGGCAGUGAUGUUCCUCAAGGAACUUCCACGUUCAAGUUGACUGGUGGGAGUCUGGGCUUCUCAUUCCGCAGCAGAAGCAUCUUUGAUCAGCUGGACAGUGCUGUGAAGCAAACUUCAAGUCAGCUGGCUGAAGACAACGUCAUCGAUGGUGCGUUUGCUCGACCUGCUCCUCCAUCGCCCCCUAUGAAACGUAAAGAGCCAGAGAGAAGCAAGAAAGCUUCAUCAUCCAAGACAGUGCCAGACUACCUGCUUCACCCUGAGCGUUGGACUCGCUAUGACCUGGAUGAUGUUCCUGAGACAAGUGACAGGAAAAACAGCCAAGUGGCUCAUGAGUUCAUACAGGAACUCCAUAACCAUAGAAGGUCCCAAGAAGCUGCUGCAAGUUCUUUCAGUCCAGCUUUCAACCAGGACCACAGCAGCAGCGCAGAGCACAAAAUUAUGUUCUCCAAGCCCAAUCAGGCCUCAAAAGAUGAAGGCCAGAAUCUGCACAAGGUGAACCGAGCAAAGACAAAAGAGGUUGGUUUAGUUCACUUGGAUGAUGAACAAGAAGAGGAAGAGGAAGGGGGAAAGAUGGCAUCUCUUCCCCACAACCUUUCACUGGAUGGCAAGGAAAAGAAAAGAAAACGGGUGGAUGAAAGCAGCAAUGAAGAUGCAAAAGAGACUAAUGUUAUUUUCAGUAGCGGGAGGAAAGUGAACCGCAAAAACUUCCGCAAGACAGUUGAGGAAGAAGACUAAAAGCUUUUGAGGGAAUGCAUAUGCCCAUUGCUGAUCUCUGAAAAUAUAAUCCGCUCUUAUUCUUAGUCUCUGUAACUGAUCAAGCACUUAGAAUUUUGUUAAUUUACAAUGGUUGUAAAAGCAACAGACAAGGCAUUUUUCCAAAGUAUAUUCUCUGUUUCAUCAUUUGUAAUUUUUUGUGGGUGUAAAACAGUAUUGUAAAGUAGGAAAAGUGAUCUGUAAACGAUUUUAAUGAAUAAAUGUCAACUGAAAUAAUAAA